AAAGAGUGGGGGAGGGGUGGGAGGGGGAGAGGGCAGCUGCCUUGGCUGCUUUUUCUUUCCAGAGUCCUGCCUAAUUUCUUCACUUUCUGGGACCCCUGCCCAAGUUUUCAGCUUUCCCAUCAUCAGCUGCCUAUGGUCCCAGCACUUAGGGUAUGAUUUCAUCUUCAUCAUCACCUCCCCAUCCAAGAAAGGGCAUCAUUCCCAUAGCAGAUUUCCAGGCCACUGUUCUAAGGUCCAAGAUUACAGCUAAGGCAGUUCUGUACAAGUCUUGCCUGACAUUUUUGAUUUAAGGAAGUAAAUUGCUGAUCCGAACUCUUAUCAGGCCGAUCUUGAUCCAGCUUUGUUCUUCCCGGCACUCCUAAAUCAUUUAUCAAAAUGUUUAUCACCAUUCUUCAUGGAGAUCAUGAAAAGACCCUAUUUAAUUCUCACUGCAAAGUAGAGGCAUUAUUGAACAGUAUCAAGCAGUGCUGUGGCUGUGAGCCUGAAGGGAUGAUUGAACUAGCAGACGAGAGUGGUCAGUUGAAAAACCUUCUUCAGUAUCCCCAUCUCUAUGCAUCAGAACUGUUGAAGCCUCGAGAAACCUAUAUCCCUUUCACUGUAACACGACCUGAAGGUUCAUCAGAGCCAGUAUUUGUGGCAUUAUUAAAGGAUGAUGAAGUUAUUGACUCUAAAUUUCUAGAAAAGAAUAAACAGAACGAAAUGAAAGCAACACAGACAGGCCGUGUGUUCACAGACUACAUAGAAGCAUAAAAGGAUAAAAGAAUAAAAAGUCCCAGGUCUUCCCUCUCUACUAGGCGGCUUAUAGCAGCAGUCUUUACCCUCUCACCAGAACACAGCCAGGAAAGAAAAAAGAAAACAUCCUGGCUUAAUAUUGUCUUUUAAAUGUAUUCUCAGUUCUAGCUCCAAAGUGUAUCAGAAGGUACCUCUUCUUCACAUGAUAAACCAAUUGGAAACAAUAGGUAUUCUUAUACUGAAUUGAGGAGCACAAUCCUUCCAUUUCAGGUCAUUUUGCCUUUCCAGAAUCAGAAUCCUCAGUCUCUUCUCUGUGGAGAUUACAUCAAUAAAGCAUGUGGUAUAUGCUCACAAGGGA